AUGGUAGUAGCACCGAAAGUUAAGAAGCAGAGCGUACCAAAACGGAGCAAGAAAUGGGAAGGCGGUAAGACGAAGAAAAAGAAGAAGAAGCAAAGUGUAAAAUAUCAUAUUGAAUGUAAAAAUCCUGUUGAAGAUGGUAUUAUGAAUGUGAACGAUUUUGGGACGUUUCUAAAUGAACGCAUCAAAGUGAAUGGAAAAAUUGGUACUAUGGCAGCGAAUGGCGUGAGACUGGAAAUUGCCAAAACGAAACUUAUCCUCACGUCGGAA